AUGCCGAAGCUUACUGAAAUGCUGUCCAUCAUUUGGAAGUUUCCCAAAACCAACAUCUACGAGUGCAUGAUACUGCACUACCUGUUCCUGAAGCUGAACGGCUAUGCCUGCUUCACGAUAGUUGGGUCGAUUGAGAGUGGCAAAAUUCGGACGUCCAUCUUCGAUUGGUUGCUAUUUCCGGCCUAUCUGGCACUCGCUUUGGGCCUCUGGGUGGCCAACGUUUGGUUGGGGGAUUUUUCGUCUGCCUUCUCGCCGCUGAUGAUUAUUGGCAAUCGGAUGCUCUGGUUUAUGUGCUAUUUUUGUGCCGUGUUUGGACUUUUCUGGAACUUUCUCAACCGGCACAAGGUGUGGUCUCUGUAUACAAGUGUCUAUCACGUGGACCAACAGCUUCUGGCGCUUGGGGCCAACAUGUACUAUACCCGGACCUAUUUGUCGAUGAUCGGAUUUUCCCUGACGGGGAUGCUGAUCUUGCUUGCGUAUUUUAUCGAAAAAGUGCUGAACCAAAAAUACACCCUAGUGACCAUGUUUGCCUUCACCUAUCCGAAUGCGAGCCUGAUGAUGUUGGUCACCAUUUUUAGCAUUGCCGGAUCACUGGUGUGCAUUCGAUUAAGUGCUUUGAAUCAAAUUAUCAGCUCCAAUUGCGUACCUUCAGGCGACGGGAAAAUUAUCAAAGUUGCUGAACAAUUUUCCAUUCCAACCAUUCAGCAGUAUAUGCAAAUCUAUGACCAAGUUUGUGAUAUUACUGAAACUGUUAAUCUUUGUUACAGUGGACAGAUUAUGAUUGCCAUCGCUGGAUCCUUCAUCUAUCUGCUAUUUUACGCAUUCGGUACCGUAGUUUUCAUUCGGCGAGGAAUCUCCAUUGCCGAUUUUCCCCUCGAAGAUUUGAUGUGGACCUUCAUCUACUCAUUGAACAUCAUUUUCAUAGUUUCGGUUGGGGGAGCUCUCAAAUCACAGGCUCAACGUACAUCAAGUUUAAUCGAUCAGGCAAUAAAUGCAACGAAAAAUACAGAUGCUGCUGAAAUGCUUCGUCUUUUCCUGAUGCAAAUGGGUCAUCGAACACCGACACUGACCUGUGGAUUGUUUCCAUUCGAUUGGAGUCUUGUUUAUUCGAUAGUGGCCACAUCGACGACCUAUCUGAUAAUUUUAAUUCAAUUUGAAAACUCCCGAUCCGGUUGA